GAGCAUGCGUAUAACCUCUCAGCUUGCAACGUUCGAGCAGUUUAGUGUGUGAGUUUAACGUUAUUGCGUUAUGAUUUUUGUUCAUAAUAUUGACAACAGUUUUUGAGUAAAGUUUGUAUUGUUCUACAUUAUUCGAAACGAGGAUACGGCGUGUCGUUGAAGUGCAUAUAGAUAUUUUGUAGACGAUCCAGUCUGAGUGUACUGUCAGCUGAAGUAGGCAGAAGAUAUGGAUGAAUUACAAAAUCAAAAUAGUCAUGAACUGAUCCACUGUAGAUAUGACAAUAAUAAUAAUAAUAACAACAGGUUAAUGGAAUACCUUAAUUUGGAUAAUCGUGUAGAUGAUCCACUCAGGGAGCCAGAAGUAACUAUGAAUUUAAAUGAGGGUUCUGCACAAAUACCGUAUCAUCCAUUGGAAGAUCCAGAAGAAGAUUUAUUUGACUACGAAGUCGAUACUUCACUCCAAGAAACAAAUACAGAAUCAGAGGAGCAAGUAGUACCAUCCAGUCAACUCAGUAAUAGUUAUAAAUAUCCUGAUGAACUUACCAUUUCUGAUGAUGAGGUAGAUGAAGGCAUAUUUGAAGAUGAACCAGCAUCUAAUUUAGUAUUACCACAUGACAAUAAUAGAUAUAAUUCACAACCUCCGUGAAUAUUUACUUGACUGUAGUUGAUGUGUUUGUAGAGAAGCACUCCGUGCUAAUUUGCUACCAACAUCUAAUGUUAUUCAGUUUUCCAUCCAU